AUGGAGGAAAGGUUAAACGAAACGGAGGAAAUUUUUACGCACAGUGGGGAAGAGAUACAUCCAAGUGUGAGCAGAAAAGGAGAACACAUUUACGAACCUACAAGCUUUGACAAAGAAGCCGUAAAUUUUAACAACCACAUGGUGCAGGAAAAUUAUCCCUUUUUAUUACACACAAGUGAUAAAGGAGGCAGCCGCGAGUGGCAUUUGCAGAAUGCACCUUAUGUCAACUUAGCAAAUGCGUAUGGCCCAACCACGGGGUUCAGCAUAAGCCACCCCAGUGACGACAGGCAAAGUCAAAUACACCCAAGUAACGGAGAGUGUUGCGUGGAGAACCCCAUGAGUAACACCCCCAUGAGUAAUACUCCCAUGAGUAAUACUCCCAUGAGUAACACCCCCAUGAGUAACACCCCCAUGAGUAACACCCCCAUGAGUAACACCCCCAUGAGUAACACCCCCAUGAGUAAUACCUUCAUGAAUAACCCCUCCAUGAAUAACCCCCCCAUGAAUAACCUCCUCAUGAAUAACCCCCCCAUGAGUAAUGCCCCCACGAAUAACAGCCCCGUGAACACAUCCAACAUAGCAGUGACAAACCCAGCGGGGUUGAACCCAAACGAUGGCAACUUAUACGCUGCUAUGUAUAGUAGAGGAAUUCCCCAAAAAAAGGAGAGCCAAAAAGGUUAUGUGGGUGAAGAAAAAAACUGGAGCAGUAAAGGAGGCUCCUUGCCUCCCAUAAGAAAAAAUCUCAGUGGUUAUGGUGAGAUAAAUAAUUUGAUGAAUCACCGGAGUCACAUAAACCAUGUUCAGCAGGAUGGUUUGGUUGGAGACAAAUCUGAGAUGUGUGCUCUCCUUCCUGGUGAUAACAACAGCUGUGAUUGUUUAACAGCUAUGCUUAGUAAGGUCCCGGAGGGGUACAUUCAGAAUGUCCCAACCAACUACCAAAUGGGUUGGAGGUGCAGUAACGAAUGGGAUGGGAGCGAAACACAGGGAGUCCCUCCAAAUGGAAACAACUCUAAUGCACAGAGUAAUGGCAUUUCCCUUCUGAACAGCAGUACCACUUCUGUACCGCAUAAUCGUUUUGCUUGUCCUAAUUUCCAAUUUGACAAGAAUGACGGUGGAAACUGUGGUGACCUUCCUAGUGAUGUACACCUGAAUAGCUACUCAACUAGCAGUUUAGUAUACCAUCCGGAUGGUUACCAUAUAGGCAGUAGGACCAACUCAAUCUAUCAGAACAGGGACAUGAUGAAGCUCCCAGCGAGUGAAGACUCGCAUGUAAUUUCCCAAAAGGGUUGUACAACGAGCAGUGGUAACUACCACGUUAGUGCUGAGGGGAUUAAUCAGAUGAGUCACCCGAACCGUACAAACGCAAUAUUCGCAGAUCAAUGGAGUAAUGAAGAAAUUCUCACCAAGCAGGCCAACACGUCAAACUAUAGGAUUAGGAGGAAGGGGGACAGUCCGCAUGAUGGUGAAUCAUACGAAAUGAGUAGCAGUGAGUAUGAACCAAUUGAACAGUGCCAUCUGCAACAAAGGCAUCCCAAUUUUGCCAGUAGUGAGGGAUGUAUGUACCCUAAUGGGUUCCAAGUUCAGACGCAGUUUAACCCAAAUGGAACCCUUCUAAUCAACACCUGUGGUAGUUUCCCUGUUAAAAAUGUCAUUCGGGAAGAUGACAAUUUUAGCGCACAUAUGGGGAGCAGUAGGGAUGACCAACCACUAAGCCAUCGGCAAGGGAUAAUCCAAUUUGAGAAAAAAAUGGUUAACUGUGCAGAUGCACAAAUGGAUAACACGUAUAGCAGAAUGAAGAACCCAUUAACGUUGAACCGAAUUGUACAUGAAAAUAAAUCCACUCCAGUAAUCUCAGACAAUAUGAUCGGCAAUUCGUAUGCCCCCUUUGUAAAUAAUAAAGAGCAGAAUUGCCAACAUUUGGAGGAGGGAAAAUUAUUCCCCAUGAAAGGCAACUACUGCGUGAGCAGUUUAGAAAGUCCAUACCCAUUCUAUGGCAAGCAGAUGGGAGACCCAACCAGCACGAGCUUCAUGAAAUUAUAUAAUAAUGGUAAUACUUCUGGUGAAGGCACUGAGGUGUCAGCAUGGUCAACACGAGGGAGUUACCCCCCAAAGGAGGUUCUUAACAAUGCAAUGAGCAACACUAAAGAGAGUUACAGCAGUUUAAUACGUAGUAGUGGGGACGGAGGCGCCUCCCCUCAUAUGUGCAGUUCUGCCGGUGUGAAUAGCUUGGUCGGUGUGAAUAACUUGGCUGGUGAGUAUGACAUGUCGCAGCGAAGCAUAAGUAGCAGUUCACGCCAGCUCAGCUUGUUGGAUGCGCCGAACGGGGAGAAUAAUGAGCAGGAAGAAACUCUGCAGCGACAAAGGAUGUACGACUUGUAUGUGCAGUCGCUGUUGAAUGGGGCAAGUGGAGUGAUAAACCCGGGUGGAGUUAUUACCCCCGGUGGAGUUAUUACCCCGAGUGGAGUGAUAAACCCGGGUGGAGUGAUAAACCCUGGUGGAGUUACUAGUCCGAACGGAGUAACCAACCCGAACGCGCAUCUGGGGGAAAAGAACGACCAGCUAAUAUUAUUCAAUUUAAAAAACAUGCGCAAUAAAAUCACGAAGAAGGAUCCCCAAAUUACCAACAAUUAUUUGUCCUACUUAGAUCAUUACAUCGCCUCCCUACGCCUGCUUUACAACAAACUACUCAGUAACAGAAAUUUGAUAUUCAUUCUGGCAAAGGAAGUAUUUGCACCAAAAAAAAAAAGAGAUAAAAAAACAUACAGUGAUGAUAAUGCAUCCACAUUUGAGAGUAAGCAUUCUUAUGUGCAAGAAUUGUUAGCAGCUCUACUACCCCAACCACCUGUUUUCCCACCAUUCGAAAUAUGGAUCUAUAUGGGAAAAAAAAAUGCUAGCCAAUUGCACAAACUACACCUAACAAUAUACAUAAUUUACCAAAAGAUUAUUUGCAAUAUAUCAAAUAUCCUUUUAAAAAUCAACAAGGACAUGGUGAGUUAUGCAAAUAAGAAUAAAUUUAGCAAACGCAAUGGGACUGACUCGCUUAAUGAUUAUGUGAAUGAUAAUGGGGAGGGGUUGAAGCGAACUGAUUGCCCCUUUUUGAGUGCUACAAAGGGAGAAGAAGCUCCCUUGGGGGGACCCUACAGUAGUGGGUACGUGGCGAAGAGGGGGGUGCAGGACAGGCAAGAAGGGGCCCUCGACGUGCAGGAUGCGGACUAUUUGAUCGACGCGGUUGACGAAGCAGAUGUGGUUGACACGGUUGACGAAGCUCACGUGGUUGACGCGGUUGACGAAGCUCAUGUGGUUGACGCGAUUGACGAAGCUCAUGUGGUUGACGCGAUUGACGAAGCUCAUGUGGCUGACGCGGUUGACGACGCGGUGUGCAUCCCCGUGGAGCCAGAGCGUGCGACUAGCUACAACAGGCGCCCUGCCCACACCGAGGAAGACGAACCGAAUCUCCAUAAAGGAGACAUCCCCAGAAAAUGCCUAUUCAGAAUUGACCAGAAGUUAGCCAUUAUGAUGGCGUCAAUUGAUAACAUAAGUAAAAUGAUGAACUUGGAAAAAGGGGAAGGAAGCAAUAGCAGUAAGGACCCCUCAGCGGACUCCCCCGAUGAGGAAAGCAAACCUACCGACGUGAUCCCCACAGAACUGGACAAUGUAGGCGAAGACGGAGAUAACCUCCAGCAGGAUGACAAAAGUGGCCUUGAAAAAGAAGUCAAAAUGGUUAAACAUACGCAACAUGUAAGUAAAGGCAUCUCCCCAAGUGAGUGUACCCCCACACACAUUAACAUUAGCCCUAAGGAUGGCCAAAUAGUCGCGUAUGACGAACUAAAAGGUAGUGAUGAUAGAAGACCCCUCUUUGAAAAGGUAGCCAAGUUUAAGUUGGAUUAUAGUAACUCCAUGGGGAAGGACAGUGCUGUUAAGUUACUAAACGAGCUAAGGUACGAACUUAGAAAUGUGUACAACGAAAUACGAUCUUUGAAGAUGCAUGACAGUUACUACCUGUCCAGUAGAGAUAACGGAAAGGAGGGAGGAAGCUCCCUAGAAUUAGUGAACCCUAAUGAUGACCACGGGGAUGAUUAUGCCGUUCCGUCAGAUCGAAGUGCAGUUUCAAAUGGGAAGAUAAAAACGGCAAACGAAACGUGUUUCUUAAACGAUUUCUUAUACAGCCAAAGUGAAAGUUCCAAUCCGUUGGUGAAUGCACAUACACGGGAUUAUUACCAUUGUGCGAGUAAAAAAAAUGGAAAAAAAAUAAAGUUAAAGAAGCAAAAUGAACUACUUAACAGUCUCAUAAAUAGUAGCAUAUGUUCUAACGAACAAAUUAAUAACGACAUUAUUUAUGACUUAAAAUACACAGAUGAUAUUUUCAAGAAGCUUUUAUUUUUAUGUCGAAAUUUUUACACAAAUUUUUCCGAGUAUAAGGACUAUGCGUUAGAGUCGUCUUUUCACGAGAAUGGAGUCGACUUAACUAAUUUGGAUGAAGUUAACAAUUUUAGGUACAUGGACAGUCAGCCAUUUUUUACCAAGAGGUCACUGCUCCCGAGUGGGGAAUUGCUACCUCAAGAGAAUUUCCCUGAGGGGAAGUACCAACUGGAGGCGAGGGAUCCCCCACCCAUGUGUAACGAAAAUCGAGACAUUAUGGACCCGCACAGUAUUGAGCAAGUGAAUGGCCUCCCCUUCAAGGCGGAAGAUCACACGUCGAAUGUGGCUCCAGUCAUAGGCAGCGGCGGUGGGGACGAUGGCGUUAACUCGGGAGAGGAAACUCUUCUGAGUGACGACCAAGUGGGAUCAACGAACUUCGCAAAUCGCACGAACUGCGCAAACUACGCGAGGUACACAAAUUUGAGAGGUGUCUCCCUGUACGAUGCGUCCGAGAGUUCCACCCCGAACAGUCAGGACAGCCUCCGUGGAAGGAACCCCCCCUGGGUGGAACUACCCAUGGAGAAGAAAGAAGAUAAAGAAGGUGCACACCAAGUGGAUCCCUUUUUUGCCAAAUUCGAUGGCCAAGAAAAACUGAUAGAAGCGUAUGGAGAGAAGACCCCCCAAAGUGCGAUUUUGCAGAUGGGCCAAAUGGGCAACUACGCAGCUGGCGCUUGCACGGGUAGAAACGAAGGCGUACUUUAUAGCCCUUCUUUCUUAAAGGCCACUAAUAGGGAUUACGCACAAAUGGAAGUAGGCCUCAGUAGCGGCGCGGCGAAUGAAGCGGAGAGUAGCGCGAAGAGUGGAACGGACAAUGGCACGAAGAGUGAAACGGACAAUGGCGCGAACAGUGGAACGGACAAUGGCGCGAGCAGUGGAACGGACAACGGCGCGAAGAGUGGAACGGACAAUGGCGCGAAGAGUGGCGCUGUGCAUGCCCCUCCAGAAACGCUGUUUAGUACCACACAAAACGGACUUCACUAUAGUUACCCUAAUCAGCAACAUGGUGGCCAUGGCUACAGCGACAUAAGAAGUCCACCUUUUAGGGAUACAUCCCAUAUCAAUUCGGAACCCACAUAUGUGCAGCGUGCACUUGAGUCUGAAGGGGUUGUUGGCUGUCUGGGUAGUCCAUAUGUACUGGUAAAAAAUACGGAAGAGCUAACAAAGCAGGGGAUAUAUAUGAACAAUUCCUACGUGCAGAACGAUGUGGGGACAGCUAAAAAUUGUUGUUACCUUUUAAGCAAUGCACAGAAUGUGUAUUACCCAAAUGAGGGGAAUUUGCCAAUAGGCUUUGAAAACACGGAAGGGAUGGUCCGUAACGAUUGUGCGAAGUAUGAACGGAGUGUUCCCAACCCGUACGCUGUUGACACGGCAAAGUAUGAACCGAGUAUUCCCAACGCGUACGCUGUUGAGACGAAUGGUAAUAUGACAAUUGGUGAUGGCUUUCAAGGGUUCAGUACCCCAAUGACGACGAGGUGCUUAAAUGCUGAUGGGAGCUACGUUGGAGGGGAUGUUAUGGGGAAUUGCCUUCACGUGCCAUAUGCCCCAUACCAUAAAAACCAACAGUUUGGUAUGUUCAGUUGUGUUGGUGUGAAUGGGUUUACGGAGAGAGAUACGGAUUCACUAAACCAUAACGGAAUAAACAGAAACGUAGGUUACUACACGAAUGGGAGUACACUACCGAGUAUGUUUAACUAUCAGGGGGAACAGAAUAAUUUUCAAAACAGCUCCGGUAAGAACGAAAUGAGAAAUGACCAAUUUGCAACCAACGGUGCAGAAAAUAAUUUCAUGAGUACCACUGAUGCAGGGAUGAUUAACCAAUUUUCCUUUAAUGACGAGCAAACGAUCAACAUGCACCGUGUGGAUAAUAUGCUCCAUUGUAGUACUUCCACCUACGGAACCACAAGGGAGGGAAACACAUUUAAAGAUGCUCUUAACGAAGGAGAAAAUCUGACAGAAAAAAUGUACAACCAUAAUGGGAACUACUUUAAUAAUAUCGAAUUGAGAGACACUGCAGAAGAUGUAUCAGAUAAUGAAAUGAACAGUGGAGGAGGGAAUCACAAUUUGGGAGAUGAUGAAAAUACCGUUGAUGAGGGUUCCUCCUACUUUUUAAAAAAUGGCGUUAUCACGAAUGAGAGGUCUGACCAAUGGAAAUUCACGUCAAACUUUGCAAAUAACCUAAACGGAGUAAAAAGCGAAUCUUGGAAUGGAGGAGGAGGAGGAGGAGAAGAAGAAGAUACGAACCUAUGCAACAUAAAGGGAGAAGAAAUGAUGAGGAAUAAUAACCCGAUGGAUGCUCAUGAUAUAUCCGCCGAAUCUCCAAAUGAGUAUCCAAGCAUGACAAACGAGAGAAGAGAUCACAAUUUAACAAAUGAUGCUAAUAAAAUGAAGCUAAAAAAAAUGCUUGAAAUUACUGAUAAGCUAAUUGGGAAGAAGUACAGAGGGAUAUCUUACGACCCCACCAGAAAUGGAUGGUCAACCUUUGUAUAUAAAGAUGGCGUUAGGAGGAAAAAGUUUUUUUCCUCUUAUAAAUACGGAAAUCUAUUAGCUAAAAAGAAGUCCAUAGAAUGGAGACUAAAAAACUUAAGUCCAGAUUCACAUGCGUAUGUAUUUUCUCUAAAAGCCAAGGAAGAAUUUAAUGCCAUUUUGAAUGAUGGCUAUGCCGAUAUCAACAAUGCUAAUUUGGACAGUAGGGAUGGGGCAAACGACGGGGACAGCUCCAACAAUAGGGACAUACUCUAUGUGAAUGCGUUUAUUAACCUUUUUAAUAGCUCCGAAGGAAGGAAGAAAGAUGAACGGGGCGAGGCAGAUGAACGGGGUGAACGGGGUGAGGCGGAUGAACGGGAUGAGCCGGAUGAACGGAAUGAACCGGAUGAACCGCUGGGCCAAAUGGAGAAAUCGUCCUGUGAAGAAUAUGCGGAGGAGCUUACUCGAAAAGGCACACAAAAUGGUAGUGGACCAGGCAGUAGUGAGCUCGCCAAGUCGCUCGGCCAGGCGAAUUACAAAGUUGGAGGAGCGCUCGGUGGAAGCAGUGAUGGGAGAAGCGGUGGAAGCAGUGAUGCCCGCUUGAAUGGCUGCUCAAGCCGCACUGCCAGCAAAGUCGAUCGGGAAACCCCCUGCGCAAGAGAAGACAAGAAAGAACGUGAAAAAAUAAAUUGUCAGGGAAAUAAUUCAAUGGAACAGAGCACCAAUUUGAGUAGCCACUUCUACGAUCAGGCAGAUGGCUACCUACCCCCGAAUGGUGAUUUAUUCGUUUAUAAAAAUUACUGUUCGAGACUACUAAAUGAGGAGGAAGCCUCGGGAAGUGAACCAAGUGGAAGGAAAGCAGGAAAUGGGCCAAAUGGGCCAAAUGGGCCAAAUGGGCCAAAUGGGCAAAAUGGGCAAAAUGGGCAAAAUGGGCAAAAUGGGCAAAAUGGGCAAAAUGGGAAAAAUGGGAAAAAUGGGCCGAAUGGACAAAAUGGACAAAAUGGGCUAAAUGAGCGAAAGGGCAAAGUGGACAAUUUAAAUGACGCCGCGGAAGAGGAAGCCAAAUCGAAUCCGACGCGAAGAGAAAUCCCAGAUCAGACAGCGCAUUUCCAAAUUGUAAAUAGCCAAAACGCGGAACUGAUGAUUUUUCCGCAUUCAAGUGAUGUGCCCCCUCCACAUUAUGACGCACUGCCCAGGGAGGGACUAGAGCCGUACCUGCCCAUUGGAGAUAACGGCACAGUUACGCGAUGUGAAAAUAGGAAAAAGAGAAAAAGGCACAUCGUAAAAAGUGAAGGGAAGAACCCUAUAGGGGAAGGCGGAUCGAUUGUUUCUCCGACAGGCGAACCAAACGUGAUAGGAACAGGUGAACACUUCAAUAGCGCGUACGCCGGGCGCGAUGCUUCAGCGGGUGGUUGCAGCGACAGCUGCAGCAGUGACCUGUACGGAAGUGACACCCGCAGCUGCGAUGGGGGAAGCGAUGGUGGAAGCGGAAGCGGUGGUGGAAGCGAUGGUAGAAGCGAUGGUCGAAGCGAUGGUCGGAGUGAUGACCGACGCGGUGACCGACGUGAUGACCGACGUGAUGACCAACCCGAUGGCGACGGGAGGGACGAGAAGUUCAAAAGGUGGAUGGACAGUUGCCUAAUUCAUCCGAUAGAGGGAAGCCACCCCGCCUUUGAGGAAGAAGAGAGUACAUGCAAAAAUGACACACUCAGGGAGGACAACACAAAGGAGACUCUUCAGUACGUAAAAAAAUGCAUAUCAAAAAAUGGACAUUUGAAACGGCUUAGUUGUGGCAGCGGAGGGAACGACAGCGUCGAUACGCUUUAUAAUAACGUAGGGUGCUACCGAGAUGGGAAUUGCCUAACCAGUGGGCAGCCCCUUCUAAACGGUGUAGCCCCCACUAGUGAAGAGAGCGUUAUAAAGCCAUUUUAUCCGGUAGAAUGUAAUAGCAUUCCUCAGGAGCAGCUGACCGAUGGGAUGGUUAAUCGAGCAGAAACACAACACAUGGGUGGAGAGAAGGACAAUAAUUUUUGCUCUGGGGAUAUAACCUGUUUGGUUGAACUUAGCGACGAAAUGGAGAAGCAGGUUGAAUUUCCGAGUGAUGAAACUGAUGGGAAGUCCCCGAACGUGUUGGACUAUAACAUGAGAGGUGACUCCGGGAGGGGUGCACAUGAAAAUGGAUCUCCAAAUGAGGCACAACAGUGGACCCAAAAUGGUAUCACUGAAACACGCGCAGUCCAACAUGAGAGAGAUCUCUUCCUGGAGAAUAAACAUGCAAGUGAUAAAAAUUGUUUCCUUUACAAAGACACUCUACUGAGGUAUAUGAACGAGUGCACCUGCACGAGGGAAGAAGAAAAAAGUCUUUUUCUCCAAUUCUUGAGAUUAACCCCAGAGUGGGUUCUCCUAGAAUUAGACGAAUUGGAAGAAAUGUACCAUGUAUAUUUCAGAAAAAAAAUCGAAUCAUUUUAUAAAGCCUACUUAGUUAAGAUAAGCAAUAAAAACAGUAGUAACUUUAGGGAGGUACCUGAGGAAGGGUCUUGUCGUUCAGCCAGUGGUAUGCCUCCAAGACGCAGCGAAUAUAUUAGAGAACUUCAACUCAUUUUUGAUAAAAAAUUGAGUACCCUAUGGACAUGUAUGAUUUUCCCUAUAGACUUUCUGUACAUAUUAAAUUACAAAAUUUUUAGAAUUUUAAAAAGUAUGAAUAAAAAAAAGGUUAAAAGUGUCAGUCAAAAAAAAGACAAACAGUUGAAGUGUAUGUUGAAAGGAAUCAAUUUCAUUAAGUAUAAAAACGCAUGGUGUUUUACUUAUGUAGAUUUGGAUGAUAAAAAAAAAGAAAAAAUAUUUCCUAUUAGUGAUUACGGUUUUAUGGAAGCAAAAACUUUAUCCAUUUUAUACAGAAAAAGCUUUGUUCUGCAUUUAACCAAAAUGUAUACCUUUUUGAAAAAUGUUUUAUUAAAAAAUAAAGUGGAAUCGGGGCAAACCAUAAGUAAGCUCAUCAACCCUAAGUCAAUAAAUCAUUUCAUCGAUUAUUAUAAGAAGUAUGAGGAGUUCCUUGUUUGUUAUGGCAAAAUUGUAUACUUUAAUGAAAGAAAAAAUAUAUUUCUAUCGACGGAGAAGAAAAGGGACGCUUUGAAUUAUGUGCCUUUCGAAAUAAGACAUAAAAUGUUUGGAGAAAUAGAACCCUUAAAUUUAAUAACUGCAACGAGAAAUUAUUUUUCCAAAAAAUCACAAAUGAUCAAAUUCCCAAAGGGGAUAGUCUAUCUCUCUGGUUAUUUCCUAUGGGUCCUAUUAUUUCUUAAUCAUAAUAAUAAAGAAAUAAUUUUUUCCUUUUCGGCUAGGAAGUACUCAUUUGAAACAGCCAAGGCUAGAUGCUUUGAGUGCUACUACUGCUUACUGUAUAAGUACAAGUUCCGUCCUAUCAACAUAUCAGGAGUUGUAGACCUUACUUUGGAGACCGAUUUAGAGUGUAAAAGUUACAACUUGCUGGAUUACGAAUCGGAAGAAAUAAUGCCGCUAGAUUUUUUGUUCCAUUUUUUUGCCCCUUCAAAUUAUGUGCUUCAAAAUGGGGUUCUUUAUAAAAGGCUUCUUCUUAAUCAACCCCACCAGGACGGGGACCUGUGGAGGGAGGAAUACAACUCGCUCUUCCCAAGUGAGUAUGUCUCUUUGGAAACCUUUCAGACGUACGAGAUUGAGGACGACUACUUCGUGGCAGUGAAUGAGGUGCAUGGGGAUUUGGGGCCAAAUGCAUCGGUGGACGUUCCACAGAACGGGUGGAUGCAGCACGAGGGGGAAGAAGGCGAAGAGUGCGGCUAUACCCAGGUCAACCUACUUAACGAUGCAGAAGUGGCUACCCAGGUCAACCUACUUAACGAUGCAGAAGUGGCUACCCAGGUCAACCUACUUAACGAUGCAGAAGCGGCUACCCAGGUCAACCUACUUAACGAUGAGCACUCUGUUGGGCAGAGGCAGUACUACUCCCCGUUUGAGCCCCUCUCCCUGCGCCAGCACCAACCCGACUGCUACCCGUGCCAUCAAAUAGAACAUAGCGAGGGUAAUGAAUACCCAGCCAAAAAGCACCGCCGCUCAGCAGACGACUUGCUGCUUUAUCACCACAUGGAACAGGAGAAGAAGGACAUCCCUCUUUACUUUACGGACGACGAAAAUGGAAAAUCGAUACGUCUGAAAAGGAGGGAUAGCUACCUGGGGAGAAGUUUCAAACGGGGAAGGGUGAAUUACACAAAUUUGAGGGGCUCACCGGAGGACAUGAACGCUUCCCGCUGGGAGGAGUACCACCUUUGCAAUGACAGCGAUGGAAGCUGUGAUAGUAGUGAUGGCGAUGAAGAAGCGGAUGGAGAACGAGGGAAGGAGGAGAAAAAGAAGAAGAAAAAAAAAAAUGGGACAUAUGAUCCAAGUAGUCAACAUAACGAAGACUUCACAAUGUGGCGAAGCGAGAGAGAAGAAAUGACAACCUGGGGGAUGCAUCUCACGUGUGGAAAUUCAAAUAUGAGGAGUCUCCCUGGGGGGCAAAACAUCGAAGAGGACCACGAAAGGGAGGGAAAUCAUCCCAUAGUGAAUGCUGCAAAUCGAAGGGGACAAAACGGACAAGUCAGUUCGGACACCAUCGAGAGGAGUAACGACGAGGAAAGGGAUUACCAUUUGGAAAAAAAGGAACAGACAAAAGGAGGAGGCGUGAUUGGGCAAAACAUACACACAAAGGAGUGGAACAACCAUGAGCAAAGUACACAAGAAAGUAAAGAAAAAAAUUUUAUAAACAAAAAUAACGCAGAGUACUACAAGGACGUUUGGAAUAAAAAUAUUUUCCACUUCUUCGAUAAUAACAUCCAAGAUGAAUAUUUAAAAAGGAAUUAUGAUUCCCUGUUUAACAACCUCGAGGAAAAAAAUGUGGUUUUUAAAAAAAUCAGCCAAAAGGAAGAACAUGUAGGAGUUUUCCUAAUGCUUAAUUGUCAGUGGCUCUCAGACUCCUUUGUACAUGACAUAAAUCAGAUCGAAACGAAGUACGCCGAUAUUUAUUCGUUUGAAAAUUAUCUCAAUACACGUGAAGAAGUUUUAAAUUGGAAGUGCGAAAAAAAUUUUAUUAAAGACUGCGCUGAUAUUGCUAAGAAAUGCCCUCGCGUUGUUGGAGUUCAUUACGAUACACAUGCCCAUGCUUGGGUCGUCAACUGUACCUCGAAUGGUAAGAGACGGGAUAAAAAAUUUUUGGUGAAAACGUUCGGCUUUUUGCAAGCCAGGAAGAUGGCCAUAGCCCACAGGGAGAAGUGGCAGCAGCAGCGGGCCCUCCACCGGGAGAAGACGAAGAACGGCAAUGGGAAAAGCACGUCCACCGUGGAGGCGCGUCAAAUGGAAACAAACGAGCAGUAG